AAACUAGCUCCGCCGAGCAGGCAGACAUGUUUGGGAAAACGUCUGGUAAGGACGUUUGUUGAGAGGUAUGAUGUGUGUCGUGGACUGGAUGCACAGCGCGCGGUCCCCUACUAAUAGUGGUGCAUCUUAUGAGGGAGAGGCAGCGAGCAGUGUCAUCUUCGUGUACGUGAAGAAGUGAGUUGCUGCGCGAAGAUGAUGGAGACGGUGGUAGCUGUGUCCAAGCAACAGCAGUAUAGCCCGCAUCUCAAGAAAGUGCUCAAGACGUACCAGCUGAGUGCGGUCAAGAGCCUUCAUGGGCCCAGUACUUUGCUUGGCACGGCUACGGUGGUCCCGAAGAAGGAGCCUGCUACACCCGCAACCUCCGAUUGUGGUGACGUGUUCAUGGCCCCACCACCCUUUCCCAUACAGCAGCUUCCGAUCCUGACGACCCCGGAUCAGUCCCGCAGUGAACUCUCUGAGACUGUACUCGAGGGUGAAACCAUUUCGUGCUUUGUGGUGGGUGGCGAGAAGCGACUCUGCCUUCCUCAGGUCCUUAACAGUGUGCUGCGAGAAUUUAGUCUGUUUCAGAUAAAUCAAGUGUGUGAGGAACUACAGAUUUUCUGCUCGAGAUGCAAUCCUGAACAACUCGAAGUGCUUAAAGUGACUGGGAUUCUCCCCAUGACUGCCCCUUCGUGUGGACUCAUCACAAAGACGGACGCGGAACGACUGUCUAGUGCCCUGCUCCAUCGGAUUGGCGGGUUAGUGAUCAAGGCAGCAGUUUCGGCCCGCGAAGGGGGAGCCCUCUCCUUUGAAGUGUACCACGAGUGUUUUGGGAAGUGUAAGGGAAUUUGUACUCCGGAAUUGUACACGGACAGAAAUGCACAUUGCAUAGAGUGCGCUGAAUGUCACGGAAUGUUUUCACCGCAAAAAUUUGUUUGCCAUGUUCAUCGGUUUAAGGAAAACCGUACCUGCCAUUGGGGGUUCGACUCCAGUAACUGGCGUUCGUACAUUCUGAUCGCCGAGGAUCAGGAUGAAUAUGAAAAAUUGUCCAAAGUGCUGGAGAAAUUCAAGGAACAGCACGACAACACUGCCAACACAUUUCAACACAGCAAACGGAAACAGGUUCAACACCACGAGUCUGAUUCCAAGGAAGUCUCGGAACUUCAAGUAUUGAAGAAACCAAAAUUGGAAGUUGGACUGGAUGCUUACAGUGCUUACUUAUAUCCCAUGUCAGAGCCGAGUAAUCACAUUCUUUGGUAUGAAUCCUGGGCGCGCAUGUCUGCAUUCAGGCCUUGGCCCUCCCUUCUUACCAAGGAGGUUAAAGGGCAGCCACCACCCAUCACGAGGGACAGCUUACCCACCCCUGUGCCUACAUACCUGAGUCAUAGCCCACCAGUUCUCUUGCAUCCGGAGAGGGUGGUGCCCAUGUCUGAAUCUGAGAGAUUCGAGCGUAGUUUCCAGCCGAACGUCGCCCUAGCACCAAUACCACAGCAUCACAGAACCAGAUUAGAGGUAAAGACGGAGGAGCUGGAGGUGGACAAGAAGUCGGCGUGUUCCAAGAAGUCCCCUACGAGCCCAGUGUCUCCUAGUUCAGCAGUUCCUGCUCCAAAUGCUCAUAUAACUGCCGCCACUACUGCCACAACUGCCGGUCCUGUAUCAGGGGAACCUACUCUAUAUAACCCUGAAAUUGAACUCUCAACUGACACUGAAGAUAGCUCAUCAGACGUGGCUGGUGAAACAGCACUGAUGGGGACGGAGAGUAAGAAUGUGGUGGACCAGGUAGUCGCCGUUCUGGACACGCUGUGUGAUGCCAAGGAGGCGACACGAGCUCGAGUGCUUGAACUAGUGGAGCGCCUGGCACUGAGACUAGAGCAUCAGGAGGUCCAGUGCCAGCAACUGCGAGAAGAGAAUGAAGAGUUGCAACGUCUGCAUCACGAACAGGAACGUCGUCUCGGCCAGCAAGAAGAGCGCAUUGCUGAGCUGCAGCGUCGCUUGCACCAGGAGGACAGCCCUAUUAAGCGAGAUCCGGACGCUUUCCAAGAAAAACUGGUGACAGCGGAGAAAGAGAUACGUACCGUUCGCAGCGAGGCGGUAAACUUGCCUGGUGGAAGCCUGGGUUGGCGCGCGAGAGAGCCGAGCAGAAGCAGCAGCGGAGGGAGCCCAGUAUCCGUGAUCACCUCGUCACCACCCGUUGUCCCCCUUUUUAUCAAGUCAGAACCCCUCAGUUCCGAAUGAAUCGGUCAGUCGAAAAGAUGGAUCAUCUUGGCUCAAGAUGUCUUGAUCAUUAUUGCUCAUCAGUGUUCGUUUCGUGCUGGGCCGCGUCUCCCGGAGUGCCACGUCGAAGGCGCGCGAGGACCGAAGUGGAAGAGGAGGAGGGCCAUGUUUUGUACGUACUAUGUAAAGAUGAGAUGCUUUUGUAUAUUUAAUUUGUACUGCCAGCUGGUCGAUUGUUUAGAGAUGCUGAUGGCAGACGGCGACACUCGUACGUACGACGAAUGGCGGUGCGAUGCAGUGCCUAACUUUUUUUGGUUGAAAUAAAGCUUUGUCAUUGUGGAUAGCUAGCUUAGAAGGAGAAACAUGGGCAGGUUAAAAUCUACCACUGGCGAAUAUUUUUAUCAAUUUGAAAGUACAAAAUGUUUAGGUGCUGUAUUUUUUUCAGCACUGUUGAAUAUAUACAAUGUACAUUCAUUUUUUUUUUUUUUUCAUAAUUGCAAAUGUAAUUAGUGUAUAUUUGGUGUGCUGGUUUCGAGGCUUCAACAUUUUCUAUCCCUCCUCCAUGAACUGAAGUAGUUGACUCAUCUCAGCAUCUGUUGCGUCGUUAUGAACAUUCGUUUGUGAUCUCAAGUCAUCUGCGCGCGAAAACGCAGUCUGUUCAACCCGCAACCAUACAUAAAUGUAAAAAUAUAUAAAACAAAAAACAAACGAGUAAUAGAUAAAGGGCUAUUAAUAAUGCAACUGGCAGAAAAUAUGCAAAUACUCUUUAAGAUAUUUCCUUUCCUGGAUCUAAUGGUAUAAAUGUUAUGCUGCUUGUAAAUAAUGGCGUAGCCCCACUGUCAACGCGGGGUUAUGUCGUCUUGACUUGUAAUUGUGGCAGUCGCAAAACACGACCGUUCUUUCGGGGGUGCCCGUUGACUAGCGUGUGAAGUGAGACGAGUUACGCUGUAGCAUAACAUCCCGGUAGAAUUUUUUUUUUUAUUACAUUCCGUCUUUCUUGAGCCGCGUCUCCGCAUCGGAAAAUCCCGCAUGUGAAUCGCUUACUUCACAGGCUGCGUCGGUCACGUCGUCAUGUUCUCGCACGAGAGGAAUUCCCCUGUCUCGUAUUUUGUCCAUCCUUGUUCUUGAUAGUGAACCGUAAAGUUUGGGAUCUGGGCCAUGCAUGCCGCGUAAGCAAUAUGAGGCUUCGAUGCCUUUUUACUGCCAAAUGCCAUAUUUGCAUAUCGUGUCAUCAGAACAGAAUUCGCUUAUGUACAGUAUGGAAGACGCACCGUCGUUCUUUCUGCACGUGUUGCAUGCAUCAAGCCCUUCACCCCGUUCUUGUCAAUAAGUUCAGUGUUAGAUCGGAAAGGAGAUACUUCUCCUCUACCCAAACCAGGUAAUGUUGUACAAUGUGUUUAUCUUUUUUUUCUUUUUUGUAAAUAAACAUAAUUUGAAUCCUUAACGUGCCGUACCUGA